UUGAACAAGAGGGAUUAGAUAUGGCAGAAAUCGGUGAAUCUGCUUAUGAUUUUAUCGAUGAAUUGGUGAAAACGAACAUGAGAACCGGUGUUACGACACAUGCGCCUCAAAAUGAUAUACAACAGUUACCUAAUUGUGGACGUGAGGUGGAAAUGGGUGGAAAUCAAUUUCGAUUCUGA